CCCCCUCCACCACCUCCACCCCCGUCAAACCCGAAAUCAAAGAUAUCACCCCACGUCCUAAGACUACGCACCACUUCUCCCAGGUUCAUCAACCACACACCAAAACCUCAACCUGUGGCAGCACCCACCGGCCCCUACUUCUUCUACGGCACCCUCGCCGACCCGUCAAUACUGGGUGAAGUCCUUGGCGUAGCCGAGAAGCCCCAACUCAAGCCUGCGUACCUCCUCGGCUACGCAUGUAAGCUGUGGGGUCAGUAUCCGGCUUUGGUGGAGGCAGAACCGGGGUCGGUGGUUCGGGGGGUUGUCUAUCAAGUGCGCACGCGGGAGGAGGGCGAGAGGUUGGCGGUGUAUGAAACUGAGAAUUACCGGGCGGAGAGGUGUCGCAUUAGAGUUGUGGAUGGGGAGGGGAGCCAAGAGGUUUUGGGAUUUACGUUUAAGUUUGUGGGGGGGGCUGAGGAUCUCAGUGAGGGGGGCUUUGAUUUGGAGGUCUGGUUGAGGAGGAUGGGGAGGCGG